AUAAACCUUCCUCGCAUUUAAUGGUUCCGCCCGGAUAUAUGGAAAGAUUUAUCCAGCAUACAGUUUCCUUGGUGGUUGACAGCAACAUUAUUUAAAGGGUGUGGAAGCGUUAAGACAGCGCCACCAGGUGUAUAAGAAUGAGCCUGGUAGGACAAUCAAAAGGUGUUGACCUGGCUGCCCUGCAGGAUCACCUCUGCGGCCUGUGGAACAGGAAAGAGCAGGAGGAGCUGCGGCAGGUUUUAGCAGGCAGUUUCUCGCAGAUGCAGGAGCCCUUGGCUGGUCUGCUAGACUUCCUGGAGGGCUGCGUUACCGUCCAAAAGGGCAAGACCACCACCCUGAACCAGUUCAUUCUCACAGAGUUUAUGCGCUGGAGGACCAAUAAUCCUCAGGCCAGUCUGAAUGGCCUGAGGGAAGAAGAGAAACUGCGUUUACAGCAACAAGCCCUGGGGCUCCUCACAGACUCUCAUCCUGGGUACAUGGACCCCCUGCUGGAGAUUUAUCAGCUGAGCACACUGAAAAGACCACUGCUGCUAGAACAUGUGGCCUUCCUGCAUGACUGCCGCUGCUUCAAAGAGGCGUUGGUGUUCAGUGUUAAAGUAGAAAUCCAGAAAGAUCUGGACAUGGAGAAGAUGUGUGUGCCCGUCAUUCUCCUGGACAAGCUGUCGCUGGCGGAGCUGUAUGUGCGUGACCAUCCUGACCUGCAGCAGCGGCUGGUCACACUGCUGGACUCCUGGUGUGAUCCCAACUUUAACAUCCAGGCCCUGCUCAGUCAGUACCCACACCUGGUUCUCUCAAAACAUCAGAUGGACCAGAUUCAGCCCAAGCUGCUCAGUAAGCAUGUCUUCAGACUCAUGGAGAAAUUCUGCAUUGACCCAGGUUUGUGCUCUAAUUCUGUUUACAAGAGGAAGCUGGACUCACUGAGGUUUCUCAUGUACAAAACUUUUGGCGAGAAAAGUAUGUCUGAAGAGAACUGGAGAGACCAUGUUCAGGCCAUGAUUGAAGGUAAUCUAGAGCUCCAGGUUCAGUUGGUACAGCUGUUGGUUAAACACUGUAGCCUCCAGGCUGCUGCUCAGUGGGCUGCACAUUACAGCUUACCCAGAAACAGGCUUCCCAUAGGAGUCUGGGACAAAAUUCAGAGCCUUUCCCCAAAGCAGCUAGAGAUGUGUGCUGUAAGCGGCCCACCUGAGUCCUGGACACCCCUUCAGUCUGAUCAGCAAAAAUACUACCAGCUGCCUCUGGCCAGAGAAAACGUCCACUUUGUAGAGACAUUAGAUAAAGUUGAGCAGUGCAGAGAAGCUGUUUUAAAGCCUGGUUGUGUGGUGGGAAUUGACAUGGAAUGGAGAGCCGGUUUUGGCACUGUGUCACCUCAACGUGUGGCUCUGAUCCAGUUGGCCCUACAGGAACAGGUGUUUCUGCUGGACCUUUGUGCUCAUGCCAUUAGCCACCACAGCAUCACAGUGGACUUCAUCAGGACUCUGCUAUCAGACAAGAACAUCAUCAAACUAGGUUAUGGGAUGUCUGGAGACUUGCGGAGUCUGGUCAGCACAUGGCCUGAGCUCAGGGAGGAGCCAAUGAAAAUGGAAGGAGUUCUGGACCUGCUUCACGUCCAUCAGGAGCUUCAGCGUUGCUGGUUGGGGAACAAAGUAUGUCGGUCAGUGGAAGUAAGUGAGGGACCGGCUGAGAAGGGCCUGAGUCUGCUAGUACAGCAGGUAUUGGGAAAACCACUGAACAAAUCUGAGCAACUCUCCAACUGGGAACGCCGGCCACUCCGGACCAGCCAACUCUGCUAUGCUGCCGCUGAUGCAUACUGCCUGCUGGAUGUCUACCUUGUCCUCUCCCGGGAUCCGAAGGCAUUUGGUUUGCCAGAGGACCUCUGCUCCAUUCCCUCCCAACCGGCCAGGAAACGUGAGGAGAAGAAACCCAAAGAGAAGAACAAGCAGUCUAAAAGAAGAGAGACUCGGCAGAAGGCGAACGAGCCCCACUCUGUGGAGAAGGACUGUAUUAAGGAUUCAGAGUACCAAGGGCCCACAAUCACGCCGCCAGAGCUACGAGUGGUCUGUGAUAACAUGCUGCAGGGUCUGGGUCGUUUUUUGCGAUGUCUGGGGGUGGACGUCAAGAUGCUGGAAAACACGGAUGACCAUAAAGUAGCAGCGGAGCUGGCCCGCGCUGAAGGUCGUGUCAUCCUCACCGCAGGUCAGCCCUACCAAACAUUACGGUCACAGGUCGGAGAGGGCCGCUGCCUGAUUUUGGACUGCUCAGAAAAGGCACGUGACCAGGCCGUGCACGUUCUCAGACAUUUCCAUGUCCAUCUAACCCCUGCAGACAUCUUCAGUCGAUGCCAGGCUUGCAACUGUAAUGAGUACUUCAAGCUGUCCAGAGAGGAUAUGACACGCAUGAUGAAAGAGAGAGGUCUUCUUCAAGACAUCGUAUCUAAGCGGGAUGACUGCGAACCGCAGGAUGAAACACAAGAAGAUUACAAUAGCUGGAGGCCCCCAGAGGGCCCAGAGUUCACCCCUCAUUGCCGCUGGGCCCCACUCACUGCCCUGGACCCCCAGACCUUCAAAUUCCCCAGUGGGGCCGAAGUUCAGCUCGAGACGGUGCCCCCAGGCCUCCUUCCCCGGAUUCCAGUUUACUUCAUCUGCACUGGCUGUGGAAAGGUGUUCUGGGAGGGGACCCACUAUGACCGGGUGCUGUCGCAGUUCCAAAAGGUCCUACAUGUCAGUAAAGACCUGGCAACAAAAGCAUGAGAUCGACCAGGAGAGAUUCCAGAUGUAACAAACUCUUGCUCUUGCUGUUGUUUUGCAACUUUUUUUUUUUUUUUUUUUUUUUUUCCCCCAUACCUCAGAUUUUUAAAAAUUAUUUUUAUGGUGGUAUUUUUAUUUGCUACACUGUGUCAUGAUAACUGUGCAAAAGCAUCAUCAAUUAAAUGUUUUGGAAGGUUUCAUUUUGUGUUUUUCACUGUAAAACAAAAUUAACUAUUAAAUGAUGCUGUGCACAUUUGUUUUACAUGAUAUAAUAAUUGACUUAAUGUCAUAAAAUGUUUACAAACCUCCUAAAAUUGCUCAUAAAAUAUGUGUUUUUAUUAACACUAUUCAUCACAAAUUGAUACAAAAACAUGGUUAUUGUAUUGUUGGAUUCAGCCAAAAAAAUGACACAAGAUCUUGUUUAGCCACUUUAAAAGCUUUUUUAGAUCUAAAUUUGUUUUACACAUUAUAUCUUUAAUGCCAUAAAAUGUUUACAAACCUCCUAAGUUCAUAAAAUGUGUUAAGGGUUUUUAAUAAUACUUUAUAAAAAGAUUCAUCACAAAUUGUAAUUUGAUUUUCGUUGGAUUAACCCCUUCAGAACGACACGACAUUUAAUUUUUUGCAAAAAAUCUUGUUCAGCCAUUUUUACUGUUUUUUUUGUUUGUUUUUUUUCUUUAAAAAAAGCUUAAGGUCUCUCAAAAUAUUUUGCAUGUUAUCUCUCUUGCAGUUAUCUCUGACCCCCCCCCCCCCCCCCCAAAAAAGUGACUUGACUUUUUUCUUUUUUUUCUUUUCUUUUUUAAGAUUGGACAUUGUUUAUGUUUAGUCUUUAAGUCAUAUCUCCAUUUGUAAAUCUGUCAAAACUACAAAAAAUAUGCCUGGGUUCCCCAAAGACAGCGCUGCUGAAAUCAUGCCAGACGCUGUGUUCCUUCCAAGUUUUUGAGGACGAUUUGCAAGUUCAUAACAGGAUGGGCCACAUACAGUUAGUCCUUCAUGCUGCCCUUCCAAGUUCAAUAAAGUCGCACUCAAACAGA